GUAAAGCACAUAAAUCUUACUGUCUCUCUAACUAUGGCUGCCAGUACUAUAGUCCACAUUUCUCCCCUAACUAUUGGUUCUCAAUCCACCCUUCCGAGGCUCACUCCUGGUAUAACUAAAUCUGUUACUGCCUGCAAGUCUGUACUCAUCAGAUCCUCCAUGGGAAUUUCUGUUACACCAGAGCCUAUUAUUAGGCGAUCAGGAAACUACCAGCCUUGCAUGUGGGACAACAAAUUUUUGCAGUCUUUAAAAAGCGAUUACACGGGAGAAGGAUCGAAGGAACCAGCUUCUGAAUUGAAGGAAGUAGUGAGGUUCAUGUUUAAGAAUGUGGUUGAGCCUUUGGAUCAACUUGAGUUUAUUGAUCACUUGCAAAGGCUUGGAGUGGCUUACCAUUUCUUCGACGAAAUAGAACGUGCCUUGAAGAAGAUACAUAGUGAUGAUACUAACAAUGACAAAUGGGAAAGGAACUUGCAUGCAACUGCUCUUAGAUUCAGACUUCUCAGAGAACAUGGAUACGAUGUUUCUCAGGAGGAUUUCAAGGGGUUCACAGAAAAUGAGAGAUUCAAAGAAUCUCUUGAUGAGGAUGUCAAGGGUAUAUUGAGUUUAUACGAAGCCUCGUACUACUCUAUUGAAGGAGAGUCACUGAUGGAGGACGCUUGUUGCUUUGCAAGUGAAAUCCUUAAGGAGCGCGUCAACAGCAUUGAUGAUGUUGAUCUAAGCAUGCGAGUGAAACACGCUUUGGAACUUCCACUUCAGUGGAGAAUUCCAAGAUUCGAAGCUAGGUGGUACAUGGAUAUAUACGAAAGAAGUGGUGAUAUGAUCCCAGAGGUCCUAAAAUUUGCAAAGCUAGACUUCAACAUCUUGCAAGCUUUAAACCAAGAAGAACUCAAAGAUCUGUCAAGGUGGUGGAAUAAAACAAGCCCGGGGGAUAAACUUGAGUUUGCAAGAGAUCGAUUGGCGGCAUCCUUUUUAUGGGGUGUGGGGAUCACUAGUGAACCUCAACAUGGUUAUUGCAGAUUACAGAUAACUAAAGCAAUUCAGAUUAUUUCGGUAAUAGAUGAUGUUUAUGAUGUCUAUGGCACAGUGGAUGAACUUGAACUCUUUACUAAAGUCAUUGAAAGAUGGGAUAUAACUGCGAUGAGUGAGCUUCCGGACUACAUGAAGAUAUGCUUCCUGUCGCUUUACAACUUUAUUAAUGAGAUGGCUUUCGACAUUCUCAAAGAGCAGAACGUGGACGUGCUGGCUCCGCUGAGAAGAACAGCCAUUAAUCUGUUGAAACACUACUUAGUAGAGGCGCAAUGGUACCACAGUGGAUACAAGCCUUCACUAGAGGAGUACUUGAACAAUGCAUCCACAACUAUUUCAGGCCCUGUUAUAGCACUUCAAAGCUACAUCUGCACAUCCAAUCCUAUAAAAAAAGAGUCCAUUGAAUUUAUAGAGAAGAUCCCAGAUAUUGUACGCUUAGCAUCUGAGAUUUUUCGACUUGCUGAUGAUUAUGGAACUUCAUCGGAUGAGUUGGCCAGAGGAGAUGUUCCGAAAUCAAUACAGUGUUACAUGUCCGACACAGGUGUCUCGGAACAAGUAGCCCGAAAAUACAUGAAAGAAUUGAUGAAGAAGAAAUGGGCAAAACUAAUCCAGUGCCGAUACUCUAAGGACUAUCCUUUAUCUUGGCAAUUCGUUGAAAUUAUUCUAAAUCUGGUCAGAACAUCCCAUUGUGUCUAUAAUGCUGGAAAUGAUGGCUUUGGUGUUGAAGAUGAAGAGGCCUUGUUUUCGCUGUUUAUCGACCCCAUCGAUAUUGACUGAAAUAAAGCAAGAUAUUAUGAGCCAGCAACCAAAUAAAUAAGAGUGUCAAAAAUAAAGCUUCUAAUGCACUUGCUAGUUGCUGUUGUUAUACUAUUUGUCUAUUAUGAAUCAAAGAUUGUUUGCGUCUCUGUUAUCCCACUUUGUGAUUCUACCUGUAUUACAAAUGAUCUGUGUGCACCAUUAGAUUAAGAUACUUUGCUGUUCUCGCGCAAAGUACAAAAUAAUUUUAGCACAAUCUUUCUUGAUGAUUCAAUAUAAUUUGUAAUUCUUCUAU